GGUUUUCUUGAUUGAUGUCUCUCAGUCAGGAAUAAAACCACCCAGAGCAUCAGGGCCAAGUGUUCAGGCAUGAUGGCUUUCUUUUGGCAAAGUGCACUGCUUUUGAGCCUGGCAGCUGCCCUCUCUGUAUAUGCAGACAUGAAACUGGACUGUCAUCCUGAUUUUGUGACACUGGUGUGGACAGAGAGCAGAUCCCAGGCUGACACCUCACUCUUUCGUCUGGGUAGCUGUUUUCCCACCAGUGUCACAGCCAGGGAGGCUGUUUUCAGUGUGGAUUUCAAUAACUGUAACUUCAGGAGAAUGGUUGCUGGGAAUCAACUGAUGUACGCCAAUGAUCUGACCUACAUUUCCUCUCCUGAUUCUCACAUUCUCCCCUUCAGUCACCCAGUUGCCUGUGCAUAUGAGAGGCCCAAAGACUGGUACCCUCUGAUUUAUGACCCAGUGUUUGAUACUUUCGGUCAAGGAGAUCUAGUGUUUCACAUUGGACUUAUGAAUGCUGACUUCUCUGGUCCUGCUGAAUCUACUAGUUUCUCUCUGGGCUCCUUUAUCCCCAUCAUGGCUAGUGUGGCACAGAAAAGCCAUCAACCCUUGCUGCUGCUGCUUGAGGAAUGUGUAGCGGCCAGCACACAAGAGCUGCAUCCUGAAAGCAGUACAUACCCAAUAAUCGCCAAUAAGGGGUGUCUUGUGGACAGUAAGGUAUCCCGCUCAAAGUUUGAAACAAGGCAAAAACCAUCAGAGAUCCAUCUAUCCCUUCAAGCUUUUAGGUUUGCUCUUGGAGAAGAGGUCUUCAUCCACUGCAAACUUGUGGCCUGGGAUCCCAUUGGUCUUGAUAACACCAACAAGGCCUGCCAUUAUAACCAAGAGCAUGGCUGGGAGCUGCUGGACAACCCUGCAUAUAGCAAUUUUUGUGACUGCUGUGACUCUAUCUGCAAGUCCAGGAGGACGAGGAGUAUGGCAUCAGGGAAGCAUGGAGUAGUACAAAAGGCAGUUCUUGGGCCACUCACCAUCACUGAAGUGAAUUCCUGACGUAGCCUCCAGCAGGAAUGGAUCCAUCUUGUGGACUGAUUGCUUCAAUAUGAAUUGGGUUUUUAUUCUUGGUUUUGCAAGCUUCUGAAAGCUUAAUGCCUGCUCGUCUCUCUGCAUUUCAGAUCAUAAUGUGGCCAUUAAAGAUGUCUCCAAACCA